AAUCAAAUAAUAGUCUUAAAUGCUUUUACAUUUUAUUUCUGCAUCUGUAAUUUGUGCCCACAGAACCAUGUCUCGUGAAUUUCUCCUAGUUUUCAUCGGUGUUGUUCCUGACAGCAGCACUAGAUGGCACUGUUCCGCUUUGCCAAAGAAACAGACUUCCUUAAACGAAGCCCCGCCCAUUGUGCGUCAGACCCCGCCCCCUGCGCAUGUGUGCCUGUGUCGGCAUUGGUGAGAAAUCAGCGCUGGAACAGAUGAGGGAAUGUCAAACUUGUUGCCGAUGCCCGAGGCUCGACACAUCCGAUUCAAGGAUAAACGACAAAACCCUCCUGGAGCCAGAAGCAUUUGAUGGAACAGCGCGUGUUUUAUGGACGAUAUUAAAUAAAAUGCCGAUUAAUUUCUGUGCUGAAUACAUUUCAUAAUGUGACAACAAAAGGGAUCCAGGGCUCUCCAGUUACAAACAGCGCGCACACACAGCGGUGCAUCGAGUCUCCUCACAGGACUGAAAGCACGCUCGAAGUUCUCCUCGGAGGACCGUCGAUUGAAUGCAUUUAUCUACUCUUUUUGAAUUCAUGUAAGUGUUUAAUAUAGAAUAAUUAGUCGGGAUCGCGCGCAUUGCAUUGGAGAUGUGAACAGGGGACAUGUGGUCCGCGCGCUGGUUUGCACUCCUCUGGAUUUGUGUUGAACGACUUGGAGAGUUACGCAUCGAAUAACGAUGUAAACGAGUUUAUUUUUAUUUUUUUUAAGAUGUGCAUUUUUCAGUGCCGUUGCUCUAAGGACAUACAAAGAGGAGUUCGCGUUUUUACGCUUAUGCUGGAAUUGAGUGACAAACACACAGGAAUUUAAUCCCAGUGGACUGAAAAUGAACUCUAAUUAUAACAGUGCCGGAUUUCAUAUGAAAGGGCCGUCGGUAGCUGUGGAGCCCAUGAUGGGUCCUCUAAAUGAAUCCCCCAUACAGGGACUCAACUUUGUCUCAAAUAGAGACCAGUAUGGAUUCCAGACUCAUGCCCAUGGGGAUAUGCACGCCUUGGGAGUUCAGCCACAACAUCAACUCCACAUGCAAGGACCGUUCAACCAUCAACCUCCUAACCACGACCAGCAUUCACAUCUGUACCAGGACAACGUCCCCGCUUGCCUGCACGGGGAUAGACACAUGGGCUUCAAUAACAACGCAGGUCACCCGCAUAUGUUUGAAGGAGGAUUCGGUCAGCAGCUCGCAGAAGCACAGUCACGAGAAUGCAUUUCACAGCAGCAGCAGCAACAGAGAAUGGCCACAAUGCCUGAAUUUCAACCACAUGGCCAUCCGAACGGUACCCAUGCCGUUCCAGCACCGUGUCUUCCACUAGACCAGUCACCAAACCGGGCCGCAUCGUUCCACGGCCUGCCAUCCUCGUCCCCCGAAACCCACAGACUGGAACAUUACAGGCUUUUUCCACAGGGCAGGAUGGGGGGAUCAGAGCACUGUUUUCCCUGUGAUCCUCUGACGGGGAAUUUCGACAUGACAGGAUUCUCCACUGCGGACUCUUCAGAGCACAAACUUCCCUAUUGUGAAACAGGGAACCAAGUGGUCGGGGGUCAUUUUUCCACUUGUAAUCGAAGUGGCUCCCGAGGGCCCAUGAUGGGCGGCUCUAAAGUUGACCAGCAGUUACCUCAACAGAACGUGUUUUCGGACCGAUUCGGGAACCGGGGGAAAAUGGAUCCGGGGGUUAACGCUAGACACCACCUCAUGCCCCAGCAAAGACCGGGACCCGUCGCCAGGCAGAACCCCGGUUCCCCUGCGCUUCCACGGUUUUAUCACACUCCGGACUAUGUAGCGAACAAUACAGACGUUCAAGGUGGUGGUCCGAUGGUCCACGUUCAGCACGGCCACCUGGACCGGCCCAUACAUAGACUGAACAACCAUAACAUGCAUCCCUUUGGGGAACCGGUGUUUGAUGUCCCCCAGCUAGCCCCUCAGCCCCCACAUCACCCUCACCUCAGCUCACUGCCUUAUUUGAAUAUGGCAAAAAGACCACGGUUUGAUCUCCCAAACGGCUCUGCUGGAGAGAGCUGCAGCCCCCUAAGCAACAGCUUACAUAAUCGGCCCAAUCUUGAGAACCACCUCUCCCCCUCAGCUUUCCCUUCUCCCAUGGGGGACUUUGCGUCUCAUGUGACGGAUGGGUUUCCAUCAGGCCCCCUACCCUUGAGCUCCGGCCCACAGCAACAGCAGCGGCAGCAGAAUGCGGCGAUGAUGAUCAAACAAAUGGCAUCGAGGAGCCAGCAGCAGAGAAUGAGACAACCCGACCUGCAACAGUUAAGUCUCCACGGGGACGUCACAUCAAACGGCAUGGUCUGCCGAGGCCCUCUGGGUAGUGUGUCUCAGUCCAAUUUCGAGAAGAAGCAUAAUUUUCAUGGAAACUUUGACAGCCCCCACCUACCUCAAGAAAACUCAUGGUUUCCUGAGCCGCAGCAGCAUUGUAGAGAAACAAACACGCAUGCCUUGGAGCAGGCAGAGAAUGGACACAACAUUAUUUUUAGGCAAGGCGUCACAAGCAUGGACAUGCAGUCUUUGAAUUCUCCGGGAGCGCAUCAUCCAUUCGAAAAUAAUGUCAGUAAUCCUCUGCAUAUGCAGUCUCCCGAUGAGAGCAACAUGCAGUCAGGCGCACCCACAGACAGGAGGCCGGCUGAAUUCGGAGGAAUGGCGAUGAGGAGGCAGCACAGCUUCCCUCCUGGAGGGCCGACUCAACAGGGAGCCCCCCAGAGCAAUCCUCCAGGAUUUAGCUCCUCUCCAGGGAACUAUCCCGCCCAUCCCGAGUACCUCUCCAGCCAGCACCUGUCAGUCAAUAAGCUUGGGGCCCUCUCUUUGGGGAAUUUGAACAAAGCCAGUACAAAAGACAGUGUGUUUGGCCAAAGCUGUCUGGCAGCCCUCUCCACGGCCUGCCAGAAUAUGAUCGCCAGCCUUGGGGCCCCGAACCUCAAUGUGACUUUUAAUAAGAAAAGUCAAAAUGAGGCCAAACGCAAAGCAGGCCAGGUUGAGCAGGACAUAAAUAGCAGUGGCAGUAGCGGCCCAGGGGCAGAGUAUUUCCAGGGCAAUGCUUCUCAGAAUAGUCAAACGCCUUGCUCUGGGAAUAACAACAAUACGACGGCAGGUCAAAGUGGUACGGGCCAGAUGGCGAAAAGGGAAGCGAGCACCCUUUCCCCGAAUGACAACAUGGAGUCUGGAUGUGAGGGAAAAAUGGCAACAGGCAAGGGGAGGGGGAAGAAGAGACGCGACAGCGGGCACAUCAGUCCUGGAAACUUCUCCCCUCCAUGCGGCGGUAACCCUGUUGUCAGUCCGACUCAGCAGGGUUCUGCUUUGAACAUGGGCAUGGAGGGCCCGGAGAGGUCCCUGGUCUCACCUUCCUUUGGAAAGCCCGAUCUUGCAACCUCGAUGGACAGCGGCAUUCAAAGCGUGGGCAAGUCUGAUGGCGUUUCGCCGUGCAUGGAUUAUUUAGACGAAGCCAGCCCCAACUACAGCGCUGAGGACCCCAGGCCUUGCAGAGCUGGCAUGAAGUGUAAUUCUGAAAACAGGGCCGGCUACAAUGACAAUACGUGCAUGGAACAGGUCCGGACGCCGCUGAGCAACCCGGGCCAGGACGAGGUUCAUCCUCUGGAGAUCUUGCAGGCUCAGAUCCAGCUGCAAAGACAGCAGUUCAGCAUCUCUGAGGACCAGCCGAUGGGAGGGAAAACGAGCAAAAAGGCAGACUGCCAGGCCGGUCUGAACGGAGAGUGCACCUUGGCCAGUUCUAGCCCGGUCGCAGGCAAGGGCUCUGUGAAUACCAUUGACCUUGACUCUCUCAUGACAGAGCAGCAUGCCACCUGGUAUGUCCCUGGCAACAAGACUCUGAUAGAGGACCCCAGUAAUGACAAGUGCCUGGGAUACUGGGAUCGAGCACGGGGCCAGAGUGACAACAAAGAAGGACAUGGGUAGGAGCGCUCCUCUGCUGGCUCUCCUUAGCGUUUCACAAAAAAAAAAAAAGGUGCUGCACGAUCUCGCUGUGAGGGUGGGGGUGGGACCUGGAGGAAGCCACCCGCGGUGUCCGGAAACCUCGGGACGCGGGGGUGGGGAGGGGGGACGGAGGGGCCCCUGCUGUUCCUCUCACUUCCAGAUGCGACUUAAACUCAUCCAGAACAACUCUAACCACUUUGGGACCUCGCUGGCUGCUUUCUGUAACUGUAAGGAUGAUGGCUGGCUUGGUGUUUUCCAGCAGUAAUUGGAGACAUUUUUUUUUUUACUAGCCCCAGAGAAACCGCAAACUCUCCGGGUGUCCGUAGAGUGAGUCUUCAGGCCAACAGAGUCUCUUUAGAUGGACUGGAGACGAGAGACAAUGGGAUACAGGAAAUACACAAGCACACCAGACUGGAAUCUUGGACAGCGAGGCUCAGUUGCUUUUAGUGUAUUUUUAUCUUCUAUAAAGUUCCACUUUUGCUGGGAUUACCUCAUUUUUUUAAGACUUGCAAGUGAGGGUUUAACUAGUUAGUCCGAGAGCGCGCCGCUCUCUAUAAAUAUUUAUUAUCCCUGUUUUUCGGCGAAGCUUCUUUAUUUGUGAACUUCAGCGUUGCGUUUAAUCCAUCUUUUUCGGUUACAUUAUGUUCUCUCUUUUUUUUGGGGGGGAAGGGUUUGUGUCCAACUCCCAGAAUUCUGACAGUGAGCCGCCAUCCAAUAGAGACUGAAUUCCUUCGCACGAGAGGGAAGCAGCGUGUUAUAAAGCUUCCCAUUCUCCGAGGUCUCCAGCAGCAGGCUCCUUGUCUGUGGUGGGUCAACCUUUUGACUUUGAAAGGCCAGUGGGGGUUCUGUCCUCUCCCUACUGUUUUUGGAAAUUUGAUAUUCACCCUGAGAACAUCCCUUUGUGACCUGCCUGGCCGGCAUCGGAAUGCCAUUGUUUCAAGUCGAAACUCUCCUUUGCUUGGGUUUUCCCUCUUUACCAAGCCUCCAUUGAGACCCUGAGCUUCCCUCUGCCUUUAAACCAACUGAUGGUGAAUAUGUUUAGUCGGAAUUGGCAGGCUAUUCAAGCGAGGACAAUAGUCGGAGACAAAAGACUUUCCUUUUAAGAAAAUAGGUUUUCUUCUGGAGAGAAAAGGGUCUUUAACCAAUUUUUUGGUCUUCGACACCUCUCUGUUUCCUUGUUCUACCUCUUUUCUCCGUUUUUCUCUCAUUAUUGUGAUAUACACGAAGCUUAAAGUGAAGUUAUUUGUGUCCGCAGAGUUUUUUGUAAAUAACCUGUAUAUUAUGAAUCACUUAUUAACAAUAAAUAUGUUGUAAAUUA